CUCAAACCUCUCCUCACUGCCUCCAUCUGCGCACUACAGCGAGAGAGAAAUACACAUUAUCUAGUGCACUUUGAGUCCCGUAGGGCGGGUUUUGGGAUGCGGCUGCUGACUGAGCAACACAGUGAGGUGGUGAAGCGGUUUGCUCGGGUUUUAGUCGCUGUGUCCGGGCCUCUUCGUCACAGUGCCAUGGCUCCAGCUGCCCUCCUCCCAGUGUUAUAUCGUAUCAGGACUCUGAGCUCAGCCACAGCUAAACAUUCCUCCCAGAUCCUUCAAAGGACCAGAGCAGAGAUGCAUCAUGGACCCGUCUGUGUCCUGUCCCACCGGAGGAACGUGUCUACGGAGGAGGCUUUGAGCCACAGUGUUUCGGAUCUGACUGUCAGAGAGAGGACAGUGCUCGAGCGGCUGUAUGACGGACUGAUCAGGGGUCAGAGGUCAUCUCUGGCUGAGUGUAUAACGCUGGUGGAGACGCAGCAUCCUCGGAAGAAGGAGCUGUCCCAGGUGCUGCUGCAGAGGGUGCUGGCGUACCGGCAAGAGCGCGAGAGGAUCGCAGGAGGGAAACCAGUGGCCUUCAGAGUGGGGUUGUCUGGUCCUCCUGGUGCUGGGAAAUCUUCCUUCAUCGAGGUGCUGGGGAAAAUGCUGACAGGAAAAGGCCACAAAGUCUCAGUGUUGGCUGUGGACCCUUCAUCAUGCACUACGGGAGGCUCGCUGAUGGGGGAUAAGACGCGGAUGACAGAGCUCUCGCGAGACAUGAAUGCCUUCAUCCGGCCAUCACCAUCCUCGGGCACGCUCGGUGGGGUAACGAGGACCACCAAUGAGGCUAUAGUCCUGUGUGAGGGAGCAGGCUAUGACAUCGUGCUUGUGGAAACAGUGGGUGUUGGACAGUCUGAAUUUGCUGUGGCAGAUAUGGUGGACCUUUUUGUGUUGCUAAUUCCACCAGCAGGAGGCGAUGAGCUACAGGGAAUAAAGAGAGGUAUCAUUGAGAAAGCUGACCUGGUCGUGGUCACGAAGUCAGACGGUGAUUUGGUCGUUCCAGCCCGCAAGAUUCAAGCCGAGUACACAAGUGCGUUGAAGCUGCUCCGAAAGAAAUCCAAAACCUGGACACCUAAGGUGGUCCGGGUGUCCUCUCAGACAGGGCAGGGUGUGCCCGAGCUCUGGGACGUCAUGCUACAGUAUCGUGAUGCCAAGUUGUCUAGCGGUGAGCUGCAAAUCCGCAGGCGUGAGCAGCAGAAGGUCUGGCUGUGGAGCCUGAUCCAGGAAAAUGCCCUGCGCCAUUUUCAGGAACAUCCAGAGGUGCAGGCAGCGCUGCCCGAGAUGGAGCGCAGGGUGACACAAGGUGACAUCUCUCCCGGACUGGCAGCCGACCUCCUGCUGAGGGCCUUCAGGACCACACAGUAAUACAAAGCCCAUUUCAUAAAGAAGUGAAGAAGUGAUACGUGAGGAAUGAAUCGUGAUUCUGGUUUUAUAGCUUUGAUAUAUGGGUUGGUAUAAUCACUUUGUAGUUUGAGGCUCUCACACCUCUUAUACAUCUGAUUGAAAUCAUGAAGCAGGGGUGAACAAAUCAUCUAGUCCCAUGUUUUGGCCCAGAAACCUAACUGACAACACUAAAAAAGUGGUAGCUAGCGUAAUGUAAUAACAAAUGCAAAAGCUAGUUACUUAGUUAAGUGCACUAAUAUGGACUCAAAUUAGUGUGUAAAUUUCUGCAUAGGAGACAACUCAGUCAUUCUGAUUAUCUUUUGCUUUAAUGAAAGUUUCUAAUGUAGCAUCUCGUUUGUGGAAAAAAAAAAAACCCAGAACGCUGAUGACUGCUAGCCUACUGAACCUACUUGUCUAUCAAGUAACUAUAAAUAAAAAACGAAUAACACAGACAUGUAAUUAUCUUGUCCCGGAUGCUCGGGCUACUGAUUUGUCCACCCUGCUCUGAUAGACUGUGGUGUUAGAGCAGGAACACACUUUGCAACUUUGCAGCUUUACAAUGUGUGUAAAAAUGGAGAUAUUGCUUAGUGAGCUCACUUUUGAAUUGAGUUACUAACUCAAAAUCCAAAUUCAUAUCCUCAACUGAAGAGUGUUUUAUUUAAAGGUUUGUUCCUCCAGUGCUGUAAUGGAGGACACAAUGUAUAUCAUAUUAAUCUCCAAUGUGAACUCAUUGUGAAGACAAAAUGAAUGAGCCAGAAUGUAUUGAUGGAGAAAUUUAAUAUUUACUUUCUGAGAUUGCUUUAUAUACUGUAUCAAACCUGUUAUACUGGUAAAUGUGACACUUGUACUGUUAUAUUAUGUUGGGUUUUAAUGAUUGUUGUAUUUUAAGGACAUGACAAGGGUGAAAAGGGAUAGAAAUAAAUUAAAUAAUUAGUUAAAACGUACUAUAGUUUGAUCCUCUUUGUCCGUGUUUUAAAUACAUGCUAUUCAAAGAGCAUGUUAAAUUAAUUCAUAAUCAUCAAUUAUGUUGAGAUAUUUAUUCAUUUUAGUCUCAAGGGUUUCAUCACAUCACGAGUAUAAACAGACGGGUAAUUGACCUUGUAGAGGUUUUUAUUUUUAAAAAAUCCUAUCUGCUAUCUUUUACAUACUGUGUCUGACUAGUCACUCCAGUUAAUAUAUAAGUACAGUUACACUGGCAGUGCGUGUUUGAAGCUCACAACCAGCAUUAAAGGUGCAGUUUGUCACUUUUACAGCCCUCUACUGCAUGUGAGGUGAAUCGCUGUUUCAUUUCAAACAUCCAUAAACCUUCUCAUCUCCCUUUCCCCCAUUUUGAUCCCACCCUCUCUGUUGAAACUUCACAUGCUUCCUUUUAGGGAAAAGGGGCAGUGCUGAGCUGCUAUGUUCUAGCUGGGGGCGGAGUAUAUUUCUGGGCCAGAAAAAUGUAAACAGAAGCUAUAAGUGGUGGGGAAAAAGCUUCUAGUUCUAUUUCAAAUCAAUAUUUUUUCUAUUAUAUGUGUAGAAAGACUUUAAACAUGCACUUUUGAGCUGAUAUACAUUAUGCUGUUGUGAGAUGUUUGAUUGCUACAGUUGAGUGCAAAAGUUUGCACACUUGUACUAUGAAGAAUUAGGUUUUUAAGCUGUACUUUCUUUUACAAGUAACAGAAAUUGUCAAAAAGUAUAUGAACACAUACAAAAAUGAUAAGCUCAAGAUAAGCUCAAGGGGAAAAAAUACUCAAAUGUUUUCUUUCCUGAUACUUGGCACUACCAAUCCUGUCAGUUGAGGAUUCCACCAGUGUCUUCAGAUACUUCCUGUCCACUCUUCCACAUGGCUGCAGUUCACCUGGUUUUUUGGCUUGUUUUUUUUUUUGGCUUCCUUUAUAUACUUUAUGCACUUUUAUAUCUCUUUGUCCCUUUCUCCAUCAGUAUUUUCUGUGGUCUGCUGAGUUGUUAUCUCUGUGAAUAAUCUCAUCUGGAUACUGUACAUUUGUACCUAAGAGCUGCUGCUGUAAAUUAUAAACUGUCCUGACUGUCCUGUGUUCAUUCCAGGAUGCUCAUCCUGUAAACACACUUAGCACUGUUUAGUAAUCAUAACUUCUCAGGGAAUGUGAUUUGAAUUGAUGAAACAUUUGUUGAUUGUGUUAAGUCAUCAAAUAUCUCGAUGGAGUGCAUUUAAAUAGAGCAGGUCAACAAGACUCAGACUUUUCAUCUUGCUAAUAAACCUAACUCCUGUAAUAUUUGUGCUGUAUGGUGUAACUGUUCAAAAACACAAUCUGCUUUUGAGAAAUUCUUGGGGA